GGGCAGGCGUGUCGCGGAGGCGGGAGAUACCGUUCCUCGUCGCCUUCAGGUUGCUUUCCCUGCGUGGAGGCAGGCGGUGGGGCCCGGGCUCUGCUGGGGCGCUGCCUUUGAGCUCCCUUCUAAGCCUCGUGGAAGCGGAAGGCAGCUCCAGCAUCAGCUAGGACUCCCGGGCCGGGCUCGGGGUGGGUGUCGUGCUCGUUCCCCCCACCGGCGUUCGCGGGAAGGAGCUCCAUCGGUGCUGCGGCAGGAGCUGGUGACCGUAUGAAAAUAAAAUUUGACGUUCGUUGUCCAGCGGGUUGGCGAGGCGGCUCCUCCCCGCCAGACAGCUGAGGCCGCAGAGGAGAAACGCCGCCUCCUCCCGGGCUGGGCGCGGGGCAGCCCGCGGGACAUCGGCUUUCAGUAGGACAGUCUGCCCAGCCCGUGGUUUUGUCACAAAUGGAUUAUCCUAGAGAAGCUGCAGUACAAGAAGAUCUUUCACUGCUACUGGAGGACAGCAGAAGACUUAAAGAUGAUGUUUUUAUUUCUCAAUAUGCUACUGGCCAGAAAGAGGCUUUGAGAGCAGUAUUAAAGCAAAAAGCUCAAAAUGGUCCUCUACUUAAGGAGGAGAAGGUACAGCUCUUAGGAAAUGCCUCCACAGAGAAAAAGAAAAGCAUUGGUUAUGAGACCAGGUCAGCACACAGGGAAGUUGAUUCUGCAACAACCAUUGCAGCAGCAACUGCUGCUGCAAUUGCUACUACCGCUCCGCUUCUUAAAGUUCAAAAUGAAUUGGAAGCAAAAGUUAACUCAGUUUCAGAAUUACUUCAUAAACUACAGGAGACAGACAGACAAUUGCAGCGUCUUGCUGAACAGCAAAUAAAUACUAAGACUCAGCCUGAGAAGCCCUGCUAUCAUGAAGGAGUCAAUGAGCUUGCAAAACAAAUGAAUACUUUCAUGGUGCAACGGAUUCAACAUUUGGAAAAGUUACAGGAGCAACAAAUGAAUAUGCAGUCUCAUCUCAUUAGCUUUGCAGUCAACACCAGUGGCUUACAGCAAAUUCACCUGCCUUCCUCCAGUCUCAUGACAAAACAGUCUGGGAAGCCAGAACAGCCAUUUCUUACUAGCGGAGUGUCUUCAAGUCAGGGGGGUUUAUUUCCUGCCAGUGGUCCACCUGCCCAAGUGUAUUCAAGCCAAUUUCAAAGUCAUGGCACUUGUACACAAAAAUCUCCUCUAAAGACACCGGUUCCUCGGAGAUGUGCUCCAGAACCUGUAUCAAAAAAUGUGAACAUCUCAAAGAAAGAAAACUCUGUAACAGAAAAGGAAAAUAUUCCCAAAUCCAUGUGCAAAGGUGAAAGGCAGUUUCUUGAGCAUAUUCUGAAUUCUCAAGAAAUGCCACUGAAGCAAACUGAGCUUUCAGAGAAGGCAACAACAGAGAAGGCAACUUUCAGAGAAGGCAACAGUAAUAAAAUGAGCUGGCAUUCUGAGAGAAACAGGCGUACUGCUUUGCGUACAGACUCAUUCCCCGCUUUUGAAAGCUCCUUCCAAAAUUGCAAUUCAAUUGAGAAAACGGUGAAAAAAGCAGAUGAUUUACUUCAAGAUCUUGGCCAGUUGAGAAGAGAAAUGCAUGAUGUGCUACAGGAAGCAAGUUCAUGGAAAUCAGACAUGAAUGAUCUCAUUAAGUCAAAAAACCCUGCUGUUGCCUCUGAUCUUUCUGAACAUCAUCAGCUCAAUAAGUCAUCCAUUCUUCAAAACGUUGAAGUGCCAAAAUCUAUACUGAGAGAUGCUGAAAGGAUUUUGAGAGGAGUUCAAAACAAUAAAAAAGUUUUUGAAGAAAAUUUGGAAGCUGUCAUUCGUGCAAAAGAUGAGGAUGCCAUGUAUACUUUUAUUAACGCCUUGACUACAAACAGAGAUGUAUUGGAAGAGAUCCGUAUCAGAAAGACUGUGGAUGAGUGGAUUAAAGCAAUCAGUGUAGAAAUCCAGGCUGAAAUGACAAGAAAUGAUUUGGAACAAGCGAAAUACGAUCAAAAGGUCCCAUGGAUUGAGAGAGCCCGCAACAUCAAGACUAUCAAAACCAAUAAAGAAAUUAAAGCAAAAACUCAAAAAAUCCAAGGAUGCUUGACAAAGAAUCCUUUAUCAGCAGCUAAGCCGUUGCAGAAGCAAGGAGAAGAUAACAUGAGCAAACAGAGGUUUAGAACUUAUUUUUCUUCUGAAAGUUUGCAGAGGAAAGAAAAAAAGGCAGCUGGACCUGUGAAUGGAAGUGCAAUGGUACAAAAUGAAGACAAUCUGUGUCAAGUCUAUGGGAAACCAAUUUACCAGGGCCAUCGUAGCACACUUAAAAAAGUACCAUAUCUGAGAUUCAACUCUCCCUUUCCCAAAUCUAAACUUCAAAGACCCAAGCUGAUAGAGCGUGUUAGGGGUACAAAGGUAAAGUCAGCAAGAACACAGACUUGUUCCCUCACGCAGAAGGUGGUAACCAGUCCUAGGAAGCAGCAUCCUUUGUGUGCCCUUGCCCAAGAAAAUCAGUAUCUCUUUAGUCCACGUGGAGACGUGUCUGCUGUUUGCGAUCCACUCGAAGAUCAACUUAUUCCUGUGGCUAUUCCACUAGGUCAAACCCAAAUUAGCGACACCUCACUGCAGCCUGCUGGAGUAGUUACAGGUAAACCGCCCCCAGUUGCAGUUACAACCUCUCUUCCUCAAGUGCCACCAAAACUACCAGCUGAGAUAAAAAAGCCAAACGUAGCUGUAAUACAGAUGAGAUCAGAGAAGAAGGAUUCACCUCAACUGUCUGUGCAGGUGUUACCAAAUGUAGAUAUUGACAGUAUUUCAAGUGGCAGUGUGAGUGUAAACCACGUUCUUCCAGACUCUGAACCUGUACUUUCUCCUGUUGAUGCUGGAAUACAGGUAUUCCAGACAUCAGAAGAUGUACACUGUGAGGAGGAAGACAUAAAGUUUCCAGGAACUAAUUUCAUUGAUACUACUGAUGUCAUGCAGGAUCAGGAAGAGGAGGGGAAUGAAAUUCCAGAAUUCUUUGAGCCUCUUCUAGAGCUUAAUGGACAGUUGCAAGUUGCCUCACCAAAAUACAAUGGUCCUUUGUUUCCGCCAGUGGCUUCUGCUCCUCAGCAGUCUUCUGAUGUUUUGGAUGAACUGAUUCAAAGGAGAGAAACUAUAGAAAACAGGUUGAUAAAUUGGGUGGAACAAGAAAUAAUGGCAAAAAUUAUCAGUGAGGUGUACCCAGUGCAGAAAGAAACAGUGCCCGAUGUCAGCACUUCAGAGAGUGAAGACAGUGAGACUGCAACCUCUGACAUUGUUGAAGUUGCAGGUGGUGGAGGAUUUCAGCUCUUUAUCAAUGCUGGUGUGCCUGUGGACUCAGAGAUGAUAAGUCAUUUUGUAAAUGAAGCUCUCAGUGAGACGAUUGCGACCAUGCUGGGUAACAAGCAGGCUCAGAAAGCUGUUCCCUCUACAAAUGUUCUUCCAAGCACAAUGAUUAUGAUGGAGUCUCGUGUGCCUACUCCAUUGCCAACACCCCAGGCCACACCACCACAAACACCACCUUCAGAAAAAGAAUUGCCUCCAGUCAAAACUCCAGAGUCUUCUCUGUCUCUUACAGAAAUGAGUGGGGAUGUUCAUGAACAUGAAAAAAUUAAAGAAACAGGAGUUGAGAUUCCGGCUGUCACUAACCGUGUAGGCACACCUGUGGUUACGCCUCUCAAUACGCCUCCUAGAAUAACCACACCAAGCCCUCCUGCCUCAGAAUGGGUCUCCAAAGCUGCAGAAGUGGAAAGUCCAAAGCCUACAAACCCAUUGGAUGAUGCAGAAGUUCCUCUGGAAGAAGAGAAACCCAGUCCUCUAACUGAAGAACCAUUCUGUCCUAAGCCUGUUGAGAUUUCAGUGGCUAAUGAUGAAGAACCAGAGGCCUUGAUUUUCCCACCUCAGCAGUUGUCAGCGAGGUCCUUCGAAUCGCUUCCUUGCCAUCUCCAGGUUCCAACACCUGUGCCUACAGUUAGUUCUGGGCAGUCCUCACAGGAGAGCAGCCUUACCCUCACAGAAACAGAAGCUGCAGACAGACCCAUCUCGGAAGGGGAGGUACUUUUCAGCUAUGGACAGAUCCUGGCUGCAAGAGCAGAAGGAGGACUGUCUCUUCCAAACCUUGCUGAGAGCUUAAUGAGUACUUUACAAGAUGCCAAUGAAAUGGAUUAUGAUCCUCCCAGUGAAGGGCAAGUAGUGAGAAGACUGGAUAAAGGCUAUCACAGGGAUCCUGUCUUGACUCUUUUAGCCAAAUUAAAUCAAGCACCUGUUGCUGCAAAAGAAGGAAUGUACCAUUUGGAGGAUUCUGAUGAUAGUGUUGGGGAGCUCAGUGAAGGUCAAAGACCAAGGCUGACCAGAGCAGCAGAGAGAAUCCUAAUGGAACAUUCAGUUUAUAUGGACCAUCCAACGGCUCGGACUUCUCAGAACAGGCCACACCAGGGUUUCCGUUCUCCAUCACCAGGGCAGCUUGCCCAAAUUGGAGAAAUUCUUGGAGAUGCAGAUACAAGUCUUGGUCCAAUGCUUAUGGCUGAACUGGAAUCACAACCAGUUUCAGAUCCUGUUCUGCAAACAGCCCAGCUAAGCUGCAGAGUGACAUCUCUCUCAGAGGAUCUGUCCCAGGAGGAAAACCAAGGAGCUGUACAAGUUGAGACUGUGAGACCCCGAGUUAUUCAUGUGAAAAGGAAGUCUGAAGAGACGCAACAAGAAGGAGAGGAUGCUGCUCCACAUUUAAAUUCACAUGUUUCUGCGGAAAAGGUGUCAGUGAAGCUGCCUUCCAUGAACAGAGAGAACGAAACGCAGAGUAUGAGCAGUGUACAUGGCAAUUCAGAUUCUUCAGGGACAGAGACAUUUUAAAGCUUGCACCUUUUUAUGACAGUCACUGUCUGAAGAUUUUGUCAUUGGUACAUUUGUCUCCCUGCUGUGAUAGUUUGGAUGUUUCAUCAAAAUUCUAGUCUGUUUAUUUUCUAAUAUUUUUCUUAUAAUUUUGUUAUGGUGAUAAAGUUAGACGAUGAUUCUGUUUGUGAAUAUAUCAAAUAUUUUUAAGCAAAUAAAAUGCAAUUAUAUCAGAA